GACACCAGAAGAGGAAUUGAGGGUUUUUUUAAUUAAAAUUUUUUUAUACAGUAUAUUUAUUUUGGAGACAGAGAGCAUGAGUCAGGGAGGAGCAUAGAGAGAGGGAGAGAAUCCCAAGCAGGCUCCAGGCUGUCAGUGCCCAGCCCGGUGCGGAGCUCGAACCCGCGGACCGUGAGAGUGUGACCUGAGCCAAAGUCAGACGCUUGACUGAGCCACCCAGGCGCCCUGAGGACAGUUCUGUGCGCUGCUGUUUUAAAGACUUAGGUUUUGAGUUGACUGAAAGUCCGUGGGGAUGGUGAUCGCUGUUUGCAUCACGUGAGCUAAAAGGAGGAGGGCGUGAACUCGACUGAACUAGCGGAGGGUUGUGAUAAUUACGUGUUCCCCAUGUAGGCCACCCCGUGUGUGGGGAGCAGCUUCCGAAGGGUGGCCGCGGCUGGAGUGUGGCCUCGUGGAAAGGGCUGUGACGGGCUUUGCUGCUGUUGGAAAGCAGUUGUCUGCCAGACUUCCGUCUGUUCAUCUGCUUAGGGAAGCAUCUCUUGGGACUCCGCUCCCAGGAUGAGACCCGUCUGCCGCAGAAGGCUCACCUGGCGGGCGCCAGACAGAUGGAAUCUGAAAAUUGUAAUUGUGUCACUGCUUGACACGAUUGUAGCACGAAUGCAGGAAUUUGGCUGUUCUAUUCCUUUUUUGGAAUCUUAAAGAUGACAUUAAAGAUUGUUCAACAAUUUGGGACCUUUUGGUUGUCAUUUUAAGACCUCAUUUUGGGGCGCCUGGGUGGCUUAGUCGGUUGAGUGUCUGACUUUGACUCAGGUCACAUGAUACCAUUGAAAUGAUGGAAACUGAAGACAAAUUGGAAACUUCAUAGUCUAACAUAUCAGCAUAAAUUUCUGUAACAUGCAAAUUACUUAGUCAUUAGGAAUUAUUAUUUUUUUUAAGACUUUGUUUUUAGGGGCACCUGGGUGGAUCAGUCGGUUAAGCAUCCAACUCUUAGUCUCAGCUCAGGUCUUGAUCUCAGGUCUUGAUGGUGCAUUUAAGCCCCCACACUGGACCCUGCGCUGGGUGCGAAGCUUACUUAAAAAAAGUCUACCACAUUGCUGAAAAUGGUGGGCAGGAAUUUGGUUCCCAUUAUAAAAAUGGUAGGAAACCAUUGGUUGGUUUCAGUAUUUUCUUCAUUUGUUAAACCUAUGAAACAGAAUAUUUUCUGGGCCAAGAAAUGAGAAAUCAAGUUAUAGAUGGCAUUAUACUGAGUUUUUUGAAAUGCUCAAAAAUUCUCUUUUUAGUACUUUUUAAAAAGAGAGUUGCUGUCAGAGACUUAGAUUCGGGAGCGUGGGAAGAUGGGCCUGAAGGUCUCCCCUUCCUCUGCCGCACAGACCCUUAGAGGUUCCUGGCUCUGGGCCGUCCCCACACCUGCUGGCCCCGCUGUCACUGUUGGCUGAUCACACUCAGGUCAGUCCCACGCUGGUGUCUUGAGCAGGCUGCCGAGUUGUCUGUCUGGAGGAGAGGCUGGUGGCAGUGAGGAGUCUCGAUGGCCUUGAGCAGUCCGGUCUAGCCUCAUGUCCGCAUGCCGCCUCAACCGAACAGAGGCCCCGCACGCCAUCAGCCUCACUGUCCCUCGGAAGACAGUUUAGAGAGCAUCUGCCGGGACCGAGUAUGCCCCGUGGGGGCCACUCUUACACCCACAUGGCUUCUCAGAGGCUUCCUUCCAACCUGAAGCAACUCAUGUUAAAUGAGUUCUGGUUAAUAUGCUUUCUACCAUUUGGAUCUAACAUCUUAGGGGAAAAUACACGUAUUUUGUUUACACAGUAACGCAUUGGGUCAUCGGCAGCCGGCCGAGAGUUGGGUUUACCCCCGGUGAGCGUCUCAGAGACUGGCGGAUGGCGCGUGUCCUUCGUGGCACUGCUGCCUUGUCCGCUGCACAUCUGGGGUGCUGUGGGUGCUGCUCCUGGCUUUCACACAGAGUUUCCCACGGAGGACAUCCUGUAUUUGCUUCCUGGCACAACUGACCACUUGUGCUAAUCCUCAUGUCGGCCACCAUCAGUUGCAAAGAGUUUGCAGAUUAUUUUGCUGUUCCUGUCCAGAACAAGAUGAACCCUGCGUAUGUUUUUGAAGUGGAAGGAAAGCCCCAUUCGGUCGAAGAGUAUUAUCUUGAUGAUUUGGGGCACACGCAUCACAGCAGGCUUUCUCCUCACAUCCUGGAGGAGCCGGUGAUUACUAAGGACAUAUACGAAGUCGCUGUCUCCCUGAUCCAGAUGUUCGACCACCUGGAUGUGAAGGAGAGUGGGAGCAAGAGCUCGUCGGGUGCCCAGUUUGUGGCGGAGCGGAGCAGCGUGUUGGUGUUUUUGCCAGGUCUGGGUGAAAUAAACUACAUGCAUGAACUUCUCACAAACAUGGUUCACAAAAGGUUACAGGUUUAUCCACUCCAUUCAAGUGUGACUUUGGAAGAACAGAAUAACGUGUUUCUAAGUCCAGUUCCUGGGUACAGAAAGAUUAUUCUGUCCACCAACAUUGCAGAAAGCUCCAUCACAGUUCCAGAUGUCAAGUACGUUAUAGAUUUUUGUUUGACUAGAACUCUGGUUUGUGAUGAAGAUACGAAUUACCAGAGUCUGCGAUUGAGUUGGGCCUCUAAAACCAGUUGUAAUCAGAGAAAAGGCCGUGCGGGAAGAGUGUCUAAAGGGCACUGCUAUAGAUUGAUCCACAGGGAUUUCUGGGACAGCUCCAUCCCAGACCACGUUGUCCCCGAGAUGUUGCGUUGUCCAUUAGGAAGCACAAUAUUGAAAGUGAAAUUGCUGGAUAUGGGUGAACCGAGAGCUUUGCUGGCAACGGCCCUUUCUCCACCUGGUCUGGGUGACAUUGAACGAACCAUCCUUCUGCUAAAGGAGGUUGGAGCACUUGCAGUGAGUGGGCAGAGAGAGGAUGAGAACCCCCACGAUGGUGAACUGACCUUCUUAGGAAGAGUUUUGGCCCAGCUUCCUGUUAAUCAGCAGCUCGGUAAACUCAUAGUCCUUGGGCACGUAUUUGGAUGUCUUGAUGAGUGUCUUAUUAUAGCUGCAGCGCUUUCCUUGAAGAACUUUUUUGCAAUGCCUUUUAGGCAGCAUCUUGAUGGAUACAGGAACAAAGUGAAUUUCUCCGGCAACAGCAAGAGCGACUGCAUUGCACUGGUUGAGGCAUUUAGAACUUGGCAGGCUUGCAGACAGAGAGGAGAGCUUCGGCACCCAAAGGAUGAACUUGACUGGGGACGGUUAAAUUACAUUCAAAUCAAGAGAAUUAGAGAGGUGGCUGAGCUGUACGGAGAAUUGAAGAACCGGGUCUCUCAGUUCAACAUGUACGUUGAUUCGCGGCGGCCUGUCAUGGACCAAGAAUAUGUUUAUAAGCAGCGCUUCAUCCUGCAGGUUGUAUUGGCGGGUGCUUUUUACCCAAAUUACUUUACUUUCGGACAGCCUGACGAGGAGAUGGCGGUGAGGGAGCUGGCUGGCAAAGACCCGAAGACCACCAUCGUGUUGAAGCACAUUCCUCCCUAUGGAUUUCUCUACCAUAAACAACUACAGUCUCUCUUCAGACAGUGUGGUCAAGUCAAAUCCGUUGUAUUUGAUGGUACAAAUUCUCCUUUUCAGGUUCCUGAUGAACUGAUUUUUUCUUUACGUGUGUGGAGCAGAGCCUUCGUGGAGUUCUCACGUAAUCCGACAGAGAGGUUUAAAACUCUUCCCGCGGUGUACAUGGCGAUCAAGAUGUCUCAGCUGAAAGUUGCCCUGGAGCUGAAUGUACACUCUGCAGAGGAAAUCGAGGGGAAGGUCCAAGGAGGGGCGGUUUCGAAGCUCAGGAACACAAGGGUGAAUGUGGACUUCCAGAAGCAGACAGUAGAUCCUAUGCAGGUCUCAUUUAACACAUUCGACAGGUCCCAGACAAUUACAGAUCUUCUCUUAACAAUUGAUGUCACAGAGGUGGUUGAGGUAGGACACUUCUGGGGAUACAGGGUUGAUGAGAGAACCUCCAAGAUUCUGAGAAAGCUCACUGCUGAAAUAAACCGACUGAAAUUGGUGCCGUUGCCCACGCACCCGCACCCGGACCUGGUCUGCCUGGCGCCUUUCACUGAUUUUGACCAAGAGAGCUACUUUCGAGCUCAAAUCCUUUACGUUUCUGGGAAUUCUGCUGAGGUGUUCUUUGUGGACUAUGGCAACAGGUCUCACGUGGAUCUGGAUCUUUUAAUGGAGAUUCCCUGUCAACUUCUCGAACUCCCGUUUCAGGCGCUGGAGCUGAAGAUCCGCGGGAUGCGGCCCUCCGCCAAGUCUCUGGUGUGCGGCGAGCACUGGAGCCUCGAGGCCAGCCGGCGCUUCGCCUCCCUCGUGAACGGCCGCGCCCUCCUCGUGAGGGUCUUCUCCGUGGUGCACGGCGUCCUGCAUGUGGACGUGUACCGGUGCGAGGGGGCCCAGGACACCGUCAGCGUGAGGGACGUCCUCAUCCAGGAGGGCCACGCCGAGCUCGCCGAGGAGCCCUACGAGUCCAGACAAAGCCACGAAGCUCUCAAGGGUCUCUUCUCCAAGUCCGUGGAAGACAUAGCAGAUAUGUCUAUGCCGUCACCCGUGAAAGAUGACAAAAAGUACCUGAUUCGGAUUUUGUUGGAGAGCUUUUCUUCUAAUAAACUGGGGGCUCCCAAUUGCAAGGCAAUACUUCACGGGCCUUUUAACCCUUAUGAACUGAAGUGUCACAGUUUGACCAGAAUCUCCAAGUUCAGGUGUGUUUGGAUCGAGAAGGAAAGCAUCAACUCUGUCAUCAUCAGCGACGCCCCUGAGGACCUCUACCAGAGGAUGCUGGUUGCGGCUUCCCUGUCAGUCAACGCCACCGGGUCCACCAUGCUGCUGAGAGAGACCUCUCUGAUGCCCCACAUCCCCGGCCUCCCGGCUCUCCUCAGUGUGCUCUUUGCACCCGCGAUGGAGCUGAGGGUUGAUCGGGAUGGAAAAAACUAUACUGGAGUCCUUUGUGGUUUGGGGUGGAAUCCAACCACGGGGGCCCCUAUCCUGCCAGAGCAUGACAUUGAGCUAGCAUUUGAUGUUCAGUUCAACGUGGAGGAUAUCAUAGAGAUCAAUAUUCUCAGGGCUGCUAUUAACAAGCUAGUGUGCGAUGGACCCAAUGGGUCGAAGUUUCUUGGGCCAGAAAGAAUCGCACAGUUACAGGACAGCGCUCGUCAGAAACUUCUAGGUUUGUUCUGUCAGUCGAAACCAAGACAGAGAAUUGUCCCUGCGUGGCAUGAAAAGCCGUACGAAUGGAAUCAGGUGGAUCCAAAGCUGGUCAUGGAGCAGGCUGAGCGGGAGAGCGGCCGAGGGAAGAACACCUUUCUCUACCAGCUUCACAAACUGAUUGUUCUCAGUGCCUAGGCGUGCCGGCGGGCCAUGCCCCGGUUCCUCCCGAAGGAACCAGAUCCGCCACGGAGCGGUGGAUUAAAGGCUCCAGCUGUAGACUGACUUCUCUGUAUCUGAGCAUUACGGUCUUCGCCCACUGCAUCCAAAAGGUCUUCCCCAUCCUGGUUCCUCUUCUCUGUGGGUGGUGGCUGGAGAGUGGCAUUUCUGUUCUGGUGGGAAGGAUUGGAAAGUCUAGUCUUUUCCAGAAACAGAAAAAUCACUGUGUUAAAGAUUCUGGGAUAACACCGUUCUGAAAGAAAGCUUUAUUUGGAAAAAGAGCUAUAUUUUGCUUUGAAUUUAUUAAGGUAAACAGAAAUAGACGAUCUUACAUGUAAGGUUCCAGAAUGUGCUAGUAUGUUCUAUCUUGUUACAGUGAUUUAAACCUGGGGUACAGGCAGAACCACGAACCCCAAACCCCGCAACAGGGAGCUGCAUGUUUCUUACAACUGUGUGGCAUUUUCUAAUUUUCUUUUCUGUGAGGAAAAAUAUUUAAUUUUGAUAAAACUAACUUCAGUUUUGUAUAUUUUAGAUUUUUACUUACGUUACAAUUCGGAGUCCAAAUUUUGGAAAUCAGAGAGAUUACCUGGCAACUAGUAUUAUCUGUGUUAAAGAAUAAAAAAGCAUGAGACC